AUGAAAAUUUCAAAGUUGAGAAAUAUCAAAUUGAACUAUAUGAACAGUUCAAAGCGUUUUUUCAGUGGGUACACAGGGAAGCACAUAUCUGACAAGGAAUUGGUCAAAAAAGAUGACAACUGGUACAUUGAGGAAACGAACUUUUGCCUGGGAAGAGUGACGAAACUGAGAUUUUCCGAAAAGGAUGAUAUGGCGAGGAGAGUUUUGAAAAUUAUGGACAGCCAAUUAAGCAAAAUGUAUACACGGAUGCGAGAUGGAACGGUCAUCCCAUACAUGUCCUUUUAUUUGAAUGAUGUUAUUGAUAAGCCGGCCCCAAACCAUCAGUUUAUUGAGCAGCCGCUGAUCAAGUGGACGUGGGACGAGGCCUACGAUGAGGCGUACGAAGAGAAUUAA